AGAUGGCGAUGGCACGUGAGAUGCUGCGUUGUGUCAUCUCCGCGCUCUGUCCUCUCGUCCUAGCUUUCCUCCUUAUGGUCGUGAUUGUCGUCAGUCUGUUACUCACCAACAGUUAAACGGUAAAACGCAAAAUGAAGGACCACGACGGAACGCCCCAGCAAAAAAAGCCUACGAAACUCAGGAAUAUUGCGGAUAAAACGGAAGCGUUUGAUUCUUUGCACAUGAAAAAUGCCGAGAAAAUCCUUUGCAAGACUGGCCAAGUCUGUCUUGGUAGCGUAAUGCAGCUGCCGACUCAUGGAACGGAGCCACGCACGAAAGAGGAAAUCUUGCUUCACGCGACUGAUUUUCUGGAGCAAUAUUUCACUUCUAUUAGAAGAUUAAAUAGCGAUGCUCAUCGCGCACGUUUGGAGAGUGUGCAUAGAGAAGUGAUAUCCACUGGCACAUAUCAGUUAACAGAAACGGAACUGGUUUUCGGCGCAAAAUUGGCUUGGCGAAAUGCUGCGAGAUGCAUUGGUCGCAUUCAGUGGUCAAAGCUACAGGUUUUCGAUUGCCGUUAUGUUACAACUACGAGCGGCAUGUUCGAGGCUUUAUGUAAUCACAUCAAGUACAGUACAAAUAAAGGAAAUAUCAGAUCCGCGAUAACAAUAUUUCCACAGCGCACUGAUGGAAAACACGAUUACAGAGUAUGGAAUCAGCAAUUGAUCAAUUAUGCAGGAUACAAAAACCCAGAUGGUACCAUUCUCGGCGAUCCUGCGAAUGUAGAAUUUACAGAGGUUUGCAUGAAAUUAGGAUGGAAAGGCGCACGAACUCGAUUCGACGUAUUACCAUUGGUUCUGUCUGCCAACGGGCAUGAUCCGGAUUAUUUUGACAUUCCCAACGACUUGGUAUUCGAAGUACCUAUUAGUCAUCCUACGUAUGAUUGGUUUGAGAAAUUGGGUCUCAAGUGGUACGCCGUCCCGGCUGUGUCCGGAAUGGUUUUCGAUUGCGGAGGUUUAGUAUUCACCGCGGCACCUUUCAACGGCUGGUACAUGAGCACCGAGAUUGGCUCCAGAGAUUUAUGUGAUGCUCAAAGAUAUAACAUGCUCGAGACAAUAGCGACGAACAUGGGUCUGGACACGAGGACGUCCACGUCGCUGUGGAAGGAUAAAGCGAUGAUAGAAGCUAACGUUGCCGUGCUGCACAGCUUUCAGAUGAAAAACGUGACGAUCGUGGAUCAUCACACCGCUUCGGAAUCCUUCAUGAAGCAUUACGAGAACGAGAUGCGUCUGCGAAACGGCUGUCCCGCAGACUGGUUGUGGAUCGUACCGCCCAUAUCCGGAUCCGCCACGCCGGUGUUUCAUCAGGAAAUGGCGCUCUAUCAUCUGAAGCCCUCGUACGACGCCCAGGACCCGGCGUGGAAGACUCACGUGUGGAAGAAGGGCCGCGACAAGAAGGCAACGUCGAAAAAGCCAAGGCGAAAGUUCCACUUCAAGCAGAUCGCGAGAGCCGUGAAAUUUACGUCGAAGCUGUUCGGACGGGCGUUAUCGCGUCGAAUAAAGGCGACCGUGCUGUUCGCCACGGAAACCGGAACGUCCCAGAUGUAUGCGGAAAAGUUGGGCGAGUUAUUGGGUCACGCUUUUCACUCUCAGGUCCUUUCAAUGGAGGAGUACGAUAUCAGUAACAUAGAACACGAGGCCCUGCUGCUGGUGAUAACUUCCACCUUUGGUAACGGCGACCCGCCGGAAAACGGGGUGGUCUUCGCGCAAAAUCUGUACGCGAUGAAGAUGAACGACGCUUAUAUAAACAGCGAGAAUAAAAUAAGUUUGGCGACCUCUAAGUCGUUCAUCAAAGCAAACAGCCAGACGGAGGUGAGCGGGUCGAAGAAGUUGGAUCGUCUGGAUUCCUUGCGCGGCUCCACAACGGAGUCGCAAACCGAGGAUACAUUCGGGCCCCUCAGCAACGUCCGAUUCGCCGUGUUCGCCCUGGGCUCGUCCGCGUAUCCGAACUUCUGUGCGUUCGGCCGCUACGUCGACAAUCUACUGGGCGAGUUGGGCGGAGAGCGAUUGGCGCGUUUGGCCCAGGGUGACGAGAUGUGCGGGCAGGAGCAGACCUUUCGGAAAUGGGCAGCCGACAUCUUCGCGAUCGCGUGCGAAACGUUCUGCUUGGACGACGACGACACCCUGCUGGAAGUGGCCCUGUCGCUGGGCUCCGAGGCGUUGUCCGCGGCCACGGUUCGCUUCGUGGAAGCCGAGCCUCAACCGACCGCCAAAGCGUUAAGCAAAUGCCACAACAGAAACGUGACGAUGUGCAAUAUGCUUCGGAGGGGCAACUUGAGCGGCGACGAGUCCAGCGGAACGACGUUGCUCCUGGAGUUGGACGACAUAGUGGGCAUGGAUAUUUCUUACAAGCCUGGGGAUCACUUGGGCGUGUUCGCGUGCAAUCGAGCGGACCUCGUGGAGAAAAUCUUGCAACGCGUGCAGUCUACUUUCGACGCCGAUACAUCGAUCGAGCUGCAAAUGCAGAAGCAAGCGCACACCCCAAAUGGAAUUGUAAAAACGUGGAUACCUCAUGACAGAUAUCUGCCGAAUUCCUUCAGGAUGCUGUUAACUCGAUUUCUGGACAUCACGACGCCGCCUACGCCGAAUCUCUUGAGAUAUUUCGCCUCGAUAGCUACAAACGCAAAAGAACGGGCGCAACUUGAUCUUCUGGCCUCUGAUCCGGCGGCUUACGAGGAUUGGAGACAUUGGAAGUUUCCUAAUUUGGCCGAAGUUUUGGAUGAAUUUCCAUCAGUGACUCCAUUUGCCCCAUUGCUGCUGCUUCAUCUAACACCCUUACAACCGAGAUUCUACAGCAUCUCGUCGUCUCCUCAAGUGCACCGGGGACAAAUACACUUGACCGUCGCAGUGGUGCAAUAUCAAACGCAAAACGGUUCUGGACCAGUACAUUUCGGCGUUUGCUCCAAUUAUCUACGGCAAAUAUCCGACGGGGAGUUGCUGUAUGUGUUUGUGCGAAGCGCGCCAAACUUUUACAUGCCGACGGAAACUGAGGCGCCAGUGAUAUUGGUGGGACCAGGUACUGGAAUCGCUCCUUUCCGAGGUUUCUGGCAUCAUCGAUUUGCCCAGAUGAAACUUCAGCAGAAUAAAAAAUUUGGUAAAAUUUGGCUCUUCUUUGGCUGUCGUCAAAAAAAUUUGGAUCUAUACAGACAAGAGAAGAAGGAAAUGUUGGAGGCCGGUGUUUUGGACAAGGUGUUUUUGGCACUGUCCCGCGAACCUGGUCUUAAGAAGACCUAUGUGCAAGAUUUGAUCCAAGCGGAAGCGCCCCAAAUUUACAAAAUGGUGGUAUAUGAGCACGGCCACUUCUACGUUUGCGGCGACUGCACGAUGGCAGAAGACGUUUAUCAGACCUUGAAACAGAUCAUACAAACGCACAGCCAAAUGACGGACAAGGAGGUUGAGGCAUACAUGUUAUCGCUGAGAGAUGAAAAUCGCUACCACGAGGAUAUAUUCGGUAUAACAUUACGCACCGCUGAGGUGCACAAUCGAUCGCGCGAAACCGCCAGGAUCCGGAUGGCCGCCGAACCGUGAAAAUAUCAAACAUGAUAAAGCGUAGCCCAGAUAAUUUUCGUUUCGGAGGGUUGCCGCUGCUAAUUAAUAAUUACUCUGCAUAUAACAUA